ACGGGUCAAGCUCCACGAGGACGCGUAGGUGCUUUUGCAUUACCCUCAUUGCAUCUCUGAAACGGUUUUGAAACCGGCGUGAAGAGAGAAUGGUGAAUUGCGGCUAAUAUGCAGUCUGUAGCGGGCUACUGUUGUGACACAGGAAAUAAAAAAGCGUUAAUUAGUGUACUAAGAGUCGAUCGUAUCGUUGAGGGAGUGCACUACAGUCAGGAUCCUCUGGCAGUUGCCCUAAAACGAAAGUGAGAAUCAGUAGUGGAUUUGCUGUCAAGAUGAAAGCAUGUAAUCUUUUAAUGUAUUUUUUCCUGCCGUCUGCAUUAUGCUGCACACGAAAUGUGAUUUUGUUUCAUAUGGGCACGCUGGGUGUGAUACUGAUUUCGACGUUAUUCGUAGAACAGGACCCUUUGCUGCCUUUUGAUCCUAAACGUUUGGAGGCAGAUUUAGAGAAAUCUCUCUUCGGGCAGCAUAUCGCAUCUGACGUUGUACUAAAAGCGGUGUCGCUGCUUAUGACCAAACAAAACCCAAACAAACCCCUGGUCCUCUCUUUCCACGGGACUACUGGAACCGGAAAGAAUCACGUCGCUAAAAUCAUCGCAAGGAACAUUUACAUAAAAGGGGAAAAGAGCGAACACGUUCAUAUAAUAAUACCUGACUAUCAUUUUCCAGAUAAACAAUAUUCACACAUCUACAGCGCACAGCUAAAGCAGUUGAUCCGUAAAAGUGUAGCAAGUUUUCCCCGCUCCAUUUUCAUAUUUGAUGAAAUGGACAAGAUGGAUCCCCAGCUGAUCGACGCCAUAAAACCUUUUCUAGACUACAAUGCCCGUGCAGAUGGAGCGUCAGUCAACCAAGCCAUCUUCAUUUUUCUCAGUAAUGCCGGUGGGAAAGCGAUUUUGGACUUGGUUCUGGAUUUCUGGAAAAGAGGGGGAGAUCGCGAAGAGAUCAGGAUGAACGGCAAGGAUGUUAAGAUUUUGAUCUCUGAAGGCAUCAAGAAAAACAAUAAAGAUGGAUUUUCAUACUCCAGUCUAAUAAACCAACAUCUUAUUGACCACUGUGUUCCUUUCCUACCUCUGGAGAUGAAGCAUGUCCACCAGUGUGCCAUGGCUGAGAUGGUGCACAUGAACAUCACACAGAAUUAUUAUCUGGCAAAUAGAGUGGCAAGAAACAUGCCCUACUUCCAGGAACAAGAGAGACUCUUUGCUCUUAAAGGCUGCAAGUCAGUUAGGCAGAAGUUGGUGUUGUAUGUUGGUGAAUAGGAGACAGCCAUUUUAUGUUUAUUGUUUUCCUUUUUAAUAAUUUAAUGAAUGCCAUGCUUUGUUAGGAGUCUAGAUUUA